CUUACUGGACACUCUCGAAACAAGGGGUGGUGACAUAAUGUCUAAGACUACCUGGCCUUACACCAGCCUCACCCAGGCUCCCACCAACCUGAAGGAGGCCAUUGACUGGGUCCUCAGGGUAACUGGUAAGGAUGGUAAAAAGAAUAUGGCGACGAAGUCGCCACUACCGCCUGGUAGUUCGCCCCAAUUAGGCUGCCUCUGUUUCCUCGCUAAGGCAAUAAAGGACCUACUGUAUGACGCCAGGUCCCCGGAGUCCCCUGGUCCCAGCUCUGGGAGGUACUGGGAUGGCAUGCUCCUAACGGAGGAAAGUGCCAUAGUCAAGCCAGUGCUCCAGGACCUGGGACUGGUGAGUACUCAGAGUACUACCACUACUUGUGCUGGUGGUACCGAGGUCAUAAAGGCACUGAUAGACCACUUGGCACUGGGACUACAGAAGUGGGUUGGGUGGCAGGAAGGGGAUAAGUGUUGUCUUAAGGGAGAAAGUGGGAAAAGUACGGGGAUAGGAAGGGAGUGUAAAUGUACUAAUACUGGUGGUGUUGGUGGUACCUGUUGUACCGGUAGUGGUAGUGCUGCCACUACUUGUCAUCAGUGUGUCAAGUGUGGUAUCAGUGCCAAUGCUGGUGGCAACAAGUGCUACAUCUCGGCCUACUGCAAAGCCACUACUGUUCCGCCUCCCCCUGAAGGGCAGUACUACUGGCCCACCAUAUCAGAUGACUCCACUAAUGUCCACCUCCUGGCCCGUAUUUUCCUAGGGUCAGUAUGUCUCAUCUGGAGUGGACUCAGUCAGUUGGGGUUCCUAACAGGUGGGAGUGGUGGUGGCAGGUGGAAGGACAGUAAGCUGCACGAUAUAGAGCCCAGUGGGAAGAAUGCCGGUCUCGGCUCAUUCAUGGCGGCCAUGGGCUAUGACCUGGAGAGGUUGAAUCAUGGACCAGGUAAAGCGGGAACCUUUGUAAAUGGGUUGUUGACUAAUAAUAAGACGGGAGUACCGUGGAAAGAAUUCACUAAGGAUAGUGCAGACAAAAGUAGUGUAGCUGAGUACUACAGUAGUAUCUAUGGUACAGCACAGGGUGCUGACAAGAGUACUACUGAAUCCAUUUGUACUAAGUAUCCCCUAUUGGUACUCCACAUCCUGGCCAGUGGGUACUUCAGGGCAGGUAGUGCCGGGGCUAAGGGAAUAACUACUCCUAAGGAGGCACUAAAGAAGGAUGACAGUGCUUCUAAGAAACCCCGUCACCCACGAACUAUCCGUGAAAUCCUAUACUGGCUAAGUGCAUUGCCCUAUAGUCAGGGAUACAGGGCACUGGUGGAUAGGAUGCAAAGCAAAAUGGAUGGUAUAUUACCUAAGGAACAGCAGAAUAAGAAACAGGAUACACUGGACCUUCACAGUGAAGGUUCUAUUAAAACACAACUCAAAAAAGACUGUAUUACCCACUACCUAUUGGCCGCCUGUGGCUACUGCCCACUGGUGCUCAUCGGUAUCCAGGGGACCAUAGAAAGGGAAGUCAAGACAGACUCAUCCAAGCCAAGUCCGGGAGUGGCUAGUGGUGAUCAGAAGAAGUGUCCCGAACAUAGUAAAGAUCGUAAUAAGAGGUGUACCCUUGAGGAUAUAAAGAAAAAGAAGGAAGAAGCAGCCAAGGCACAGGCUGCCCAGGUACAGCAGCAGCAACAACAGCAACAGCAACAGCAACAGUCUACCGGAGAACCACUCAAGGAAGGCCAAGUCUGCUACGGCGGAUACCACCUGGAAGUGUCCAAGUUUGGCCCCCUCCAUGGGAUGUAUGCCAAUGGGUUUUAUGGGUUUGAGAUGGGCGGCUCUCCCACCCAGUGCCUGGAACAACUGAGGGUAUAUGUCUACCACUGCUUCUACCAGCUCUAUUUCCUUAGGAAGCAAUGUAAGGUGGGAGUGGAGAAUGGGAGUGUGCUGGGCUGGAAGAGUUGUAGGUAUGGUAGUGGAGUCUAUUGGGGAAGUGGAGCAAGUAAUUCAUAUUCUUGGAUAUGUGAAGCACAAGGUAGUGCUGGUGGAGAUCAACAUACCAAGCAGUGUGGAUUAAAAGAUGGUAGAGGUGGUCAAAAGCAUUCACCCCUAAUGUGCUUCCUGUGUGAUGGACUUGGUAAAAUUGCAUGUCCAAGGACAGUAGGAAGGGGCAACAUAGAAGACUAUCCAUCCAUCGAGGAUCACAUGAAUAUGAAAGGCCCAUUCCAUCCCAAUGGUCAUCUAGAUGUUUUAUCCAAACACUGUCCCGUUCCCAUGGGCUGGAAAGAUAAGGAACACUUCAAAGAUUUGACCAAGACGCAUAAGACAGGGACACUAGACAAUGGCAGUCCUGGCACUUACCCCGCCCACUGCACUGGCAGGACACUAUCACACCUCCUGGAGUACUACUGUGACCCUGACAGGUGCCAGAGUGGCACCCUAGUGGUCCUACUGAGACUAAUGGCCUGUAUCACUCCCACGGUGCCACGGACUCUGGGUGACCUCUUUGGGUUCUAUUACUAUAUAGUCUAUAUUGGGGGAAAGAGUGGUGGUGGUGGUGGAUAUGGAGAUAAAAGUACUGUUUCCGGGGCCUUAGGGAUAUACGAAAAGGAAUCUAGACUGUACAUGCUUUCUGUUGGUGGUGGUAAUGAAGUGGUCGAGGCACUCGGGAAAUACGGUGGAGAUUGCAAGACAGGCAAACAAGGAACCCUUAACUGCCUGAUAGGAUGCACUAACGGUGGCAAUUCCAACCAUUGCACUCCAUUCUUAUCCCCUCUCAGUGGCCAGCAGUAUGGCCAGUUGAGUCCCUUGAUGGCCGGGACCUACCUGUCAUGGUUGGUCUAUUUGAUAGAGGGGUUCGAGGGAGGAUUGCAAAGCCUGGUACAGGAGUAUAAGAAUAUACAGUGUAAGGAAGAUUGCACUAAGGGUCAGGGAGCUGCUGGUGGAUGUGGUGGCAACGGAGAGUGCCGACAGGGAACCCAUGGUAAUCCAUGUGGCACUGGUGGUGCUAACCAGGGAGUCUGUGGCUGCACCUCUGUCGUAUCAUGUACCGGGGUACUACCGGUGUUGUACAAGUAUGGCUUUGGGUAUGGCAAUGUAACGGAGCUGCACAAGACACAAGGUAAUGCGCAGAAGAAGUGUCACGAGUUCCUAAGCACUCUAGAGGGUGUCAAGGAUAGCGGUGAAUUCACGAAGCUCACCAACUCCAUUAACCAGCUCAUCUACACCACUAGGCUGCCCUGGAUCUUUGUCCUCACAGUAGCAUGGCUCAUGGCUGUGCUCUACCUUGCAUUUGGUGCCAUAUGGCCACUGGACUGGACACAUAUGAGGUCGCAUUGUAGGGGAUGGUUCAGGAAGGGAAGUCUGAGUCCAUGGGAGAUACUGAUGGUGGGUAAGAAGAAGGGAAGGGGGAUACUAGAGUUUUUUGGUAAGCCAUAGUGGCGACGUAGUGGUAGUAGCGUAUAGACAGUGAAUUAGUGGCGCCUUC